UGGAGGCAUGUGGUAUUUUGGUGCAUUUAUGGAACAGUGAUGAGGUCACGUGCAUUCCACCUAAGAACCAAUACAUUACACGAUCUCAUGCCUCAGCCCCAAUAAUGUCACGUCUACGACACUACAAGUCUACAACUAAGCUUUUUUCAUGUAUUUUAUUUAUUUUUUUAGCAUUUAAUUUAUCAUAUUGCUUCUUUGGCACUUGUUCAUUGUCUGCUCUCGGUUCCCCAAUUCAAAACCCUAACGUCCACUGAUCUUCGCUGUCUCCCACCAAUCGCCGCACAAUCCACUCACAUUUUUGAUCGAUUGCUCUGUAUUUAAUCGUUUAUUAUUGAGAUUUUUUUUUCUUUUUUUGAGGAUUUUGCGUUGAAGAUUCACUAUGAAGGAAGGGAAGUCGGUAAAAUCUAAUGGUCAGCAGCACCACCACGACCAGAACGGUCACUUGUCUCCGUUCAAAUUCGCGAAAUUGUUAGAUCCAGAGGCCUCUUGGGACAAGGAUCAAUUGGGCGACGUUUUGCACUGGAUUCGACAAGCAGUGGCUCUCGUGUGUGGGUUACUAUGGGGUUCCAUACCAUUGGUUGGGGGCAUAUGGAUCAUCUUAUUCUUGCUGAUAUCCUCUGGAAUAAUAUAUGGUUAUUAUGCAAUAAUACUAAAGAUUGAUGAAGAAGAUUUUGGUGGUCAUGGGGCCCUCCUCCAAGAGGGGCUUUUUGCUUCUAUAACGCUCUUCCUGGUACUUAUCGCCAUAUCUCGGUUAUUUGUCGUUGGGAAUCUUUCUUGUUAUGUAUGGAGUGAGUAAUGAAUUUUUUCUUUGGUAUCUUCUUAUUCAGCUUGCAUGGAUUCUGGUAUACAGCUUGGUGCACUUCUGAUUGGCUGGUGGCACCAACUUGGUUUCCAUUAGUGAUGGUUGAAUGACGUGGGGCUUAGUGUCAUGAGCCUUCAUUGCCUAUGCCCUGAAAACAACGAGAAAAUGUCAUAAUUGCCAUUGUUAUUGUUUUCAACUCCACUUUGUUGAUUGUUCAACACUCAAUUCUGCAGAGCAGGAACCUUUCAAUUCAUGGUAAAUACUAGAUAGAUGUUUCAAUCACCGUUAAAUUCAUUCCUGCAAUCCGCAGGUUACAAAGCAAAAAAUCCUGUGAGCUUAGACUGGUUUAUUCAUCUAUGUAGUAAUCUCAGAGGAAACUGUUUUUAAAAAAGCUACUAUUCGCUGCUUGGAGACUUUUUUGACAAUUCCUUUUUUGGGGGUGAAUCCUAUAGUUUAUCUGCUUCUGUUGUUUAUUCACCCUUUUUUGACUGCAGGUUUAAAUUUGGUUAAGGAUGUGCGAGAAUAAUGCACUGCCUGAGCUAUUUAUGACAUCUCUCUGUUAGUGGAAAUUUGGAAUUUUUUUUUUUUUUUUUUUGUCUCCAACCUUAUUUUCAUUUUCUUCACAUCAUCUUCAUCAAAUGGUGGAUUUUUGGAUUUUGUUUUUCAAUUUUAAAAAUGAAUUUGAAUGGGCUCAAUCAUUUAUUUUUA